AUGAUAACUCAACUGAUAUUUUUACUUUUAAUUACAUCAAUUCAUGGAAAAAGAUAUCAUAUAUUUGGAGAAAAUGAUUCAUCGUCUUCUAUUAAAAAUGAACGUUUAUUAGUUGAUAUUGAUAUUUAUAAUCGUCCUUAUGUUUUACCGUAUUUUCUUCAUCAACUCGAACGAUUAACUUGUCCAUGUAAUCAAUGUUAUUUAGAUUUUCAUAUUUAUCAUGUAUUUCAUACCACAACUGAAAAUGAAACUACUCAAUUAUUAACUGAAUGGGUAUCCGCAAUGAAAAAAUCUGAACAAUCUGCAUUUACAACAAUUACAAUACAUGAAUGGACAGCUAAAUCAACUACUGAUCAAACAAAUCGUCUACGUGAUGUUAUGAAACGUAUAUCCGAACUUGAUAUAACAUAUCUUGCUAUGUUUGAUUCAAUGAUUAUUUUAUUAGAACCUGAAAAACUUUUAUCAACAUUAAUUUCAAAAGAUAAACCAUUAAUGACACCAUUAUUACGUGCAACAAAAGAUAUGUAUACAUCAACAUUUUAUUUAAAUGAUCAACAAAUGACAGGUUUUGAUUAUUAUAAACAAAUUUAUGAUAGAAAAAAACUUGGUUGUUUUCUUAUUGAUGGUGGAAUUAAAGAUUUUUAUUUUUUUAAUUUUAAAUAUCCACAAGUACGUCUUAUUUUUCUACAUGAUAAAAUCUUUGAAGAUACACAACAACAAUACGCAAUUGAUGUGGUUGCAAGACAAAAUUUCAUUCCUACAUAUGUAUGUAAUCGUGAAAUAUUUGGUUAUAUACCUGCACAAUUUCUCGAAGCACUCUAUGAUGAAUCAGUUAUACAUGAUCUUUAUAUGCAUAUGUUAACUGAACAUCAAUUGAAUGGUCCAUCACAAACUUAUUUACCACCAAUUACACGUACAUCAUUAAUAUCAAUUCCAUCAUCAUCGAAAGAAAAAACAAAAUUUGGUUUAGAUGAAAUUUAUGUUAUCAAUCUAGUACGUCGUACUGAUCGUCGUGAACGUUUACAAGCAACAUUUGAUAUACUUAAUAUAUCUGCACGAUUUUUUGAUGCAAUCGAUGGAAAACAUACAAUUGAUCAAGCAUAUUUAGAACGUCUUAAUGUUCGUCUAUUACCAGAAUAUGAAGAUCCAUAUAAUUUACGUCCAAUGAAUUAUGGUGAAUUAGGUUGUUUUUUUUCACAUUAUUUUAUUUGGGAAGAUAUAGUUAAGAAUGAAUAUUCCAAUGGUGUUUUAAUACUUGAAGAUGAUGUUCGUUUUGAUCCAUAUUUUAAAUAUAAAUUAGAAAAAAUUCUAUCAAAUCGUUCGUUAGAUUGGGAUUUAAUAUUUCUUGGAAGAAAAAUAAUGAGACCAGAUGAAGAAAAUUAUGAAAAUACAAUUGAAACAUUUCUUAUUGAACCAUCCUAUUCACAUUGGACAGUUGGUUAUGCACUUUCACUACGUGGUGCACGUAUGCUUAUUGAUGAAAAACCAUUACAAAAAAUUUUACCUGUUGAUGAAUAUUUACCAAUCAUGUAUGAUCAUCAUCCAAAUGAAAAUUGGAAAAGUCAUUUUGUUAAUCGAAAACUUAAAGCAUAUGCAUUUCAUCCAUCUAUUUUAACACCUACACAUUACUUUGGUGAACCAAAUUAUAUAUCUGAUACAGAAAAUACAACAAUUCAUCGUGAAACUAAUCGUGUAGCAGCAGCAAAAUUACUUAGUGUGGAUGUUAUUGCAAAUCAAAAACAAACCGAAGAGAAUACACCAAUGAGUAAAGAUGAACUAUAA